GGACAGUGGUGUAGAGCCUGAACGGUGACAAAAUGAACCCCCAUUACCGCCUCCCGCCCUGCCUAGGAAGGUGUUGGUGACGCUGUGUAAGGGACGAGGGGGUGGGGUAGCGGUCUUCUCAACCUGCCCGCCCAAUUCACCGAAGAGGACACCAAAGUCCCGGGAGGCCCCACAACUCCAGCAUCUGGACAAGCUAGAACUAGGAGGAGUGGGGGCGGAGAAAGAGGCACUGAUAAGCAUUUCUUUCCCACACUCUCCCACGCACCUAAGAUUUCUUCCUUUUGUGAAAGCCAAUCUCUUCUCAGCAGCCUCUUCCUAGAUACGAGAGAGAAAAUCCAAAUGCACAGAUACUGAGCACCUCUUUAUGUGUUGGGAGAGACAUAAAGAUGAGGAAAAUAAAGUGCAACAUACAGCAAUUCUGAUAUGGCAGAAGUGAAGUCAAUGUUCCGGGAAGUCCUUCCCAAACAAGGACAGUUGUCUGUGGAAGAUGUGGCCACCAUGGUGCUGUGCAAACCCAAACUUCUGCCACUAAAAUCUCUGACUCUUGAAAAAUUAGAGAAAAUGCAGCAAAUGGCACAAGAAACUAUUCGCCAGCAGGAAAUGGCAGAAAAGGAACAGCACCAAGCAAACCAAUGAAUGAUUUAUUCAUCAAUUUUGUUAUUUACUUGCUAUGAUAGGUUUUCAAAAUAAUUCACAUUUGUUUGCUAAACCUGUAAAAUCCAUUUAAAAUAAGGGGACAAGUCAUCAAAACAACAUAAUGAAUUUAAGCUUUUGUAAUUCCUAUUAUAGAUUAUGGUCCAACUUUUACUUUGGCCAUAUUUUAUUUUGAUCUUUGGUACACUGUUUAGUGGUUGUUGGAAUUCUUAGUUCUACCACAUGAUUGCCAUUUGUCCAGAUGUUGUUCAGCAUUCCUAUUUUUAUCAAUUUUAGAGAUCCAACAACCCAUAAAAUAUGUAACUUUGUGAAAAUUCUACACACUGACCUUUUACAUGCUAUAUCAAGACUAAAAAUUACAUUUACUUUUAAAGUGUUUUGAGUGUGUAUAUUUGUUUUUCAGUGGACAAUGUUGGGGAAAGAAAAGAAAUAUUUAAAAAACAGAAUUACAAAGAUACAUAAAUAUAUACAUAUACACACAUGUACAUAUACACACAUAUACAAACACACACAUAUAUUCAAAAAUGCAUUAAAAUCACACCAAAAAUAAGCUAAGUUUCUCUUUAAGGAUUCACCUGGGAAUCUGAAGCAGAGGGAGAACCUGAAUAGAUUUGUGAAACAAGAAUUCAUGGUAGAUUGCUCUUACUUUCAGUUGAUAAAAACCUCCUAUGUUUUACACAAUGUUUUUUAACAGAAGUUACAGCCAAUCUUUCUUGGCCAGCAGGAGCAAAAUAAAUGUAGCAAUGUUUCUGAACAAUAAAGUACAUAUCUGUCUUAGCAUGCUUUAGACUUUACACCCACAUUUUGGUACUCACCUUUACAGGUUUUCAAUUCUAAAACAGUAAUAGUAGAAAGGGGAAAUGAGGAAUCGUAAGGUCUUUUUAAUCAACAGUCUAAACUACACAGUAGUUUUUAAAAGUGAAUAGAAAAUUUCGAUAAGCUACAGAAGGCCUAUGAACAAGCAAAGUAGGUCUAAUUUCUAUCAAUAACAAAGCAAGAGUUCUGAACAUGUCUGUUUCAACAUGGUACAGAGUAAUUUAAAAAUAGGCCUUCAAGCCUUGCUACAUAAUUGGACUGAGUCUGAGAUUACACAAUGGGCAAGCAGUAUUUUCAGCAAGGAUUAAAAAUAUGACCUAUGAUACCCUUGGCUUUUGUUAUUUAACAAAGCUAAUACUACAUUCCUAUAAUUGGCAACUUAAGAAUGUCCAUGGGGUUAUAUCUCAUGCAAAUUUCUAAACACAUGCUUCAUAUACUCCUAGGUCAAAUACUAAAAUGUUAGGGAGAGUCUUUUGAAUCAUAUAGGUUUUCAAUGUAGUUUUAAAAGAAUAUUUCCUACAUUUGCUCCUUGUCUCCAAAAGAACAAGCACAUCAUUAGGUUAUCAUUAGCACAUAUUUUUAGUUUGUUUUUACCAUUUGUACAUUUUAAAUUACUGAUUAAUCACAAGGAAAAAAGCUUUUAUAAUUGUUAGUUAAUUUUGAGAAGCUGAUAAUUUCAGACUUUGAAAUUCAGGUAGUAGUAAAAAAUUUCAUGUGCCCAGUUUAAUGAGUCUU